AUGGGCAACUGGCUGGUCAACCACUGGUUCUCUGCCGCAGUCCUCGUGAGUUGCGGCUUGUCCCCGCAGGCAGCCUGGCUGGGCAUCAACAUCUUCCUCUUCACUUACUACUUCCUGUUCUUCGACCGGGACGAGCGGUAUUUCUACACCAGGGCCAUCCUCGGGUCCGCCUUGGCAUGGGCUCGAGCAUCAGCCAAGUGCCUCAACUUCAACAGCAUGCUGAUCCUGCUGCCCGUGUGCCGCAACCUCCUCUCCUUCCUCCGUGGGACCUGCUCGUGCUGCCGGCGGACACUGCGGAAGCAGCUGGACCACAACCUCACCUUCCACAAGCUGGUGGCGUACACCCUGGCCCUGCUCACAGCCGUGCACACCAUUGCCCAUCUCUUCAACCUGGAGCGCUACAACGGCAGCCAGCAGGCCAUGGACAACAGCCUGCCCGCUGUCCUCUCCAAGAUGCACCUGCAGGGCAGCAACAAGUGGCUGAACCCCAUCCACUCCAACCAGACGACCGUCGAGUACGUGGCCUUCACCACCAUCCCGGGGCUGACGGGGGUCAUCAUCACACUAGCACUCAUCCUCAUGGUCACGUCCUCCACCGAGUUCAUCCGCAGGAACUACUUUGAGGUCUUCUGGUACACGCAUCACCUCUUCAUCAUCUACUUUGCUGGGCUCGUCAUCCAUGGCAUCGCCGGGCUGGUGCGUGGACAGACAGAGGAGAGCAUCAAGGAGGUGCAUCCACACCACUGCGCCCAGUACCUCACACACAAGGACAAGCACUGCAACCAUGACUGCUGCAAGGACCCUGAGUUCGGGAGCAUCCCUGCCGAGUCCUGGAAGUGGGUCCUGGCCCCCGUCCUCCUCUACAUCUUCGAGCGGAUCCUGCGGGUCUGGCGUGCGCAGCAGAAGGUGGUUGUCACCAAGGUGGUGAUGCACCCUGCCCGCGUGCUGGAGCUGCAGAUGCAGAAGAAGGGGUUCCGCAUGGAAGUGGGGCAGUACAUCUUCGUCAACUGCCCCUCCAUCUCCCUGCUGGAGUGGCAUCCCUUCACCCUCACCUCUGCGCCCGAGGAGGACUUCUUCUCCAUCCACAUCCGGGCAGCUGGAGACUGGACCGAGCGCCUCAUCGACACCUUCCAGCAGCAGAAGCUGGACAUGCCCAGGAUCGAGGUGGAUGGUCCCUUCGGCACAGCCAGUGAAGAUGUGUUCCAGUACGAGGUGGCCAUGCUGGUGGGAGCAGGCAUCGGUGUCACCCCUUUUGCCUCCAUCCUCAAGUCCAUCUGGUACAAGUUCCAGCAGGGUGACCAGACUCUCAAGACCAAGAAGAUCUACUUCUACUGGCUCUGCCGGGACAAGGGCGCCUUUGCCUGGUUCAAUGACCUGCUUGCCUCGCUGGAGCAGAAGAUGGCUGAGUCGGGCAAGGCUGACUUCCUCACCUACCGCCUCUUCCUCACUGGCUGGGACACCAGCAUUGCCAACAACGCGGCGCUGCGCUUCGACACUGCUGUGGACACGGUGACGGGGCUGAGGCACAAAACCAUCUUUGGGCGGCCCAUGUGGAACAGUGAGUUCACGUCAGUGGCUGCAGCACACCCCAGGUCGGUGGUCGGUGUGUUCCUCUGCGGGCCAGGGGCCCUGGCGAAGAGCCUGCAGAAGUCUUGCCACCAGCACUCCAGCCUGGAUCCCAGGAAGGUCAAAUUCUACUUCAACAAGGAGAACUUCUAAGAAGCAGGCAGAAUGGGAGCCCUGCGGGCAGGGGACCACGCAGCUCACCUCAUCCCCCAUGCCGGGGGUAAGCAUCUCCUGAAGGGUACGUGCACUGAAGCCAGGCGAGACAAGGCAAGACUCCCUCUCCAUGAGAAACCCGAGGGUCAAAGACUGCUCUGCAUGGACCCCCAUUGAUAAACCAGAGGCACGUGCUGAGAUGAUGCUGCUGGAGCAGUGGGAAGCAGCAGGAGCACCCAGCAGGCUGGGCAGAACUGUGGGACAGGGAUGGGACAUGACCAUGCUGAGCAGGCACUGGGGAUAAGCGUGUCCCUCCAGGUUUAAGCAGUCCUCUGCAUGA